AAAAGUGUGGAAACUGAACAAUGAGAGUAAAAUAAAAGCAGGCAAGACAACAACUCAGCAAGAAAAUGUAACGCCACACAUGGCUAAAACAAUGUUAUUUCCCCCUUCACCAGACAGUCGGCUACAAAAAAUAAACAUAUUUUCCAAUGCCAGUCGAAAGCCUCUGUAUUAUUCAUUCAGUCUGUGUAGUUUUGGGAGUUUGUGGGAGCUUAACUCGCAGAGAGAAGAGCAAGACAACCGGCUGAAGUCAAGUGCUAAUCGAGACGGGGCUUGGGACCGACUAACGUUAGCUAACCUCACCAAAAUGCCACUCAAAACUUAGCCUGGUUAGCUUAGCUCUAAGGUGGGGUACUGCUACAGUUAGUAACGUUACCCCGCAAGUAUAAGUGCUAGCUUCAUUGGAAAGUAACACAACCACAACUCGGACAGCGGGUGGUAAAUAUAUCUUCCUGAGAGCAAAUUCAACUUGACCCUGUCUGUUGCAGUCCCUUGUUGCUCCACCGCUUAUCCCCGCCUCCUCCAUCCCACACACUCAUCCUCUACCCACCCCAUCUCUCCCUUGGCUGAGAGUGGCUGGCAGGCACCAUUAUCAAUCGCUUCUGUCAGCAUGCCUGCAAAAAAUAGCUUACGUCACAGUCAUUACUGGGUCUAUAAAAGCCAGUGUAAUGCAGAUUCACUGUGCAGUCAACCCAGCUAUAUUCCUAGACAGAGAGCAGCCCGUUUCUCAAGUCAUGACUUCUAGCGGCUUUGACCCUUACUUCCCUUCUGCUUUCAAGAGGAGGGUAGUUGUGCGCAGUGCAGGAUAUGGAGCUGGAGGAGGGAUAGGAUCUAGGUCUGCCUACACCAGCCACUCUGCCCCAGUAACUUCCUAUGCAUCUUCACGCAGAAGUUAUCCAACACACACCCGAGCUAUUUCCAGCUACUCCUCUGUGCUUUCUGCUCCAGUGUCUGCAGCUGCCACUGAGCUUCGCCUUGACCAAGCAGCCCAGGUCAGCUCUGAGUUCAAAGCAAUAAGGACCGAGGAGAAGGCUCAGCUGCAGGACCUGAAUGACCGCUUUGCAAGCUUCAUUGAGAGGGUCCAUGAACUGGAGCAGCAGAACAAGUUGCUGGAGACUGAACUCCUGCUGCUCAGGCAGAGGCAGACGGAGCCAUCCAACCUUCGGGCCCUGUAUGAUUAUGAGAUCCGCCAGCUCCGUGCUGCUGUGGAAGAGGCCCGCCAUGAGAAGCAAGCAGCCCAGCACCACAAGGAUGAGAUGGAAAACGUGUUUAAUAACAUGCAAAAACGCUACGAGGACGAAGUGCUUGGCAGAGAGGAAGCAGAAGGUAGGCUAAUGGAUGCCAGGAAGGGAGCAGAUGAAGCUGCACUGGGUCGGGCUGAGCUUGAGAAAAGAGUUGAGAAUCUGCUGGAUGAGCUGGCUUUCCUGAAGCGCCUCUGUGAGAGUGAGAUUGCAGAGCUGCAGGCCCAAAUACAGUACAGCGCAGAGGUGUCAGUGGAGAUGGAUGUCGCCAAACCUGACCUAUCCGCUGCUCUCCGUGACAUCCGAGUCCAGUACGAGAAGCUGGCACAUCGCAACCUUCAAGCAGCCGAAGAAUGGUUCUGUGACAAGGUGAAUGUGAUGACAGUGAGCACUUCUCGCAACACAGAGAGUGCACGUAGCGCCAAGGAUGAGGCUACAGAAUACCGCCGGCUCCUCAAAGCUAGGACCCUGGAGACUGAUGCCUGCCGUCAGAUGAAUCAAGCUCUAGAAAACCAACUACAGGAUGUGGAGGAGAAACAGAGUGCUGAGAUCUCUGCACUGCAGGAUACAAUAAGUCAACUGGAGGACGAGUUGAGAGCCAACAAGAAUGACAUGGCUCGCUACUUGAAGGACUAUCAGGAUCUCUUGAAUGUGAAGAUGGCCUUGGAUAUUGAGAUUGCAGCCUACAGGAAGCUCCUUGAAGGAGAAGAAAACCGUUUAAAUGUGGCGGCACCAGGGUCCUUCAGCACUUACUCCCAGUCCAUGUACGCUGCUCCAUCCUUCAUCCACUCUCAGCUGAGCUCUGCAGCUCCGUACCUGCUGAGCUCCCGCUUCUAUACUUCAUCCCUCUCAACAGAGGAAACAAUAUCCGCAAGCCAAGCACAGCAGGCGGAGGCCAUCGCUCCUGAAGAGGAGGAGGAGGAGGAGAAGGAGGAAGAGGUGGAAGAGCAGGAGGAAGAGAAGGUGGAAGAGGAAGAGAAGGAGGAAGAAGAAGAGGGAGAAGAGAAGGAGGAAGAAGAAGAGGGAGAAGAGGAGGAGAAGGAAGAAGAGAAGGUGGAGGCAGAGGAAGAUAAGGGAGAUGAGGGAGAGGAACAGGAAGAGGAGGAGGUGGAAGAAAAGGAGGAAGAAAAACAAGAAGGAGAGGAAGAAGCAGAUGGAGAAGAGGGAGAGGCAGAGGAUGAAGAAAAAGAAGAUGAGGAAAAAGGUGGAGAGGCAAGCCCAACUAAAGAGGAGGAGGAAGCUGAGCAGAAAGAGGAUGAUGCUGGGCAGAAAGAGGAGGAAGGCGAUGAAGGUGAUGAAGGUGGUGAAGAGAAGACGGAGGAAGAAACUGAAAAACCAGAGGAGGGGGAGGCCGAUGAGAAAAAUGGAAAAACAACAGAAAAAAAAGUUUAAAUUUAAAUGCUUAAAACAAUACCUGCUAGCAUUGUAGCUGAGGGAUGUCUUCUCUGGUGCUCUCUAAUUCAAACCAAAUGAAAAUCUCUUGAAAUCCAGCAGUGACCAACAGCAUGUACGCAAACUGUACCAGCAAAGAAACAAAACAAUAUAGCAGCUAAUCAAUAAACUGAUGAAGACAGGAUAUGACAAAUGUCUGGAGUAGAAAUUCUGCUUUGCGGAGAAUUGUUUGCAAACACCUGUGUGCUUUACUGUCACCGAUACAUGCCUGUGCGACUGUCUGUAUGUGCAGUACCAAGUUUGAGAUGCCUUACUUCAAGUCCUCACUUAGUGCUUUAAAAUCCAUGAUGUGCUGUGUUGAACUCCAAUAAAGC